AUGGCCACCUCUCGCCCUCCACCACAGAAGCGUCUGGACUUGGAGCUCACCAUCGUCUCUGCCAAGCAUCUCAAGAAUGUGAACUGGAAAAACAAAGACCUCAAGCCAUACGCGGACUUCGUCCUCACCCUUGAGAUCUUCCAUUCCAAACCCUCUGAGACCCCCAUGCCCUUGGUCGGCACCCUCCGUGUCCCGCUCAAGGAUCUUGCUAACAACCCCGACGACCCGAUCCGUAUCAAAACGUUCCAACUCACCCGUCCAUCAGAUUAUCAUGUUGCCCCUCAGCCUAGCUACUAUUACUCCGGUGCCACUACCCUUCCUCCACACGACUACAAGGGAUACUCGCCGUACACGUUACCACUCUUCGCAUUGUCCCCAUUGCAGCCAUCGCCGGUUUCGUACCUUUACAGCUCGGAUCCUAAUGCGUAUUCAGGAUACUAUAUAGGGUACUAUUCUAGUGCGCCACCACCACCUAUACCUCCUAGGCCGUUUUUCGAUCAACCCAUGAACUACGGUGGGCCUGGAGGGCCCAAUGGGCCCUCGGCUGUGGAUUACUCGUUCUACGAUCAGAAGCCGAAGAACUAG